UUGUUUUUUCUCGGCUCUUUUUGUUUAACUAGACUCGCAUGUAUUGACAGUGUAACAUUUUCAUUAUUUUUCGCACAUCUUUAUUGCAUUUUCAUCGCCUUUGUUAGAGCUCUCGAUCUCCAUCAAAUUGAAGCCAGUAGCAAACUUACGACCCUCAUUUCCUCAUCGGCUACAAACUUAUCUUCGCCGAGUAUUGGUAUCAUCUCUAGCUCCCCUCCAAAUACGACUAGUCCCUCCGGCUUAGCGAUCGGGCCCUGCACCAUUGCCUCCAAAAUGAACGAGCCGGGAAAUUUUGCAGUUGCUGGUGACGCUAGCGACCACCUGGUCCAGCUAGUACUGUUUGACCACGUAAACAAGUAUAUAGCUGGGGAAUUCACCUUUCCUUGGCUUACAGUCUGCUUUGCCGAGUGGGACGGGCUUUUUGUAUUAUGCUCCAGAACUCUUGGACAGUCGGCUGACGUGUCGCCAACAAAUAUGGUAAGUAUUAAUAAAUACUAUUUUUCGUAUGUGAGUGGUUUCGAGACUACCAGUAAAUCAGUAAUAUGA